GGCGCAGCGUUUAGGAUCUUCGCGCACUGUGGAAGAGAUACUGCGGUAACCGGGGAUUUUCAGCUGACAUUCCACCGAAACCAACCGCACGCAAGAGCUGCGAUAUGUUGACCGCUCCGGCAAUGGAGUUUAAAGAAUUAGGGGGCGAGGAAGACUCUGACGGGGAGACCGAAGAUUUGGACAGCGUCAAGGCGCUAACCGAAAAGCUGAAGCUGCAGACCCGUCGGCCGUCGUACCUGGAGUGGAAGGAGAGGUUGCAAAGCCGACCGUGGAAAGAGGAGGCGACGACCCAGAGCAGCCCGACUGAAACGGCAGAGAACGAUGCGAACCCGCUCCAAGUUUUAGGGGACGGGGAUUCAGACCGGGAAGUACGGAACAUCUGUGGCUUUGACACCCUGGACGAUGCAUUGGACUGGUUAAGGAAGGAACUGAGGGAGAUGCAGCUGCAGGACAACCGUCUGGCCCGGCAGCUAAUUCGCCUGCGGGCAGAGAUCCACCGCCUGAAGGUCGAGCAAGUGUGCCACCGUCACAAGGAGAUGCUGGACGAUGCCACCUACGAGCUGGAGGAGUGUGGGGAGGAGUCGGACUUGCUGUGCGACAUCCCGAUGAAGGCCGCCUUUGCCCUCUCCACCCCUCUCAAGCACUUGGGCCUCACUAAGAUGAACAUCAACUCACGCCGCUUCUCUCUCUGUUAAGCUCCGCCCAUCCCUCAGGUUCCCCCUCACCACGCUGAUGAUCCCACUGCAAACACUGACAUCUGUGAUCUUUUUUUUCUGAAUGUUCUUUUUUAAAGACACACACCCACAAUUGUCUUUAUAGAGUGGAAGGGGGGCAAACAAAAAAGCCUAUUCAAACUCCAUGGUGCUCUCCCGUGAAACAACACAGAUCUUUUCUCCCAGAUGCAGUGCCACUGCGUCUCCUGUAGGUGGCAGGGGUUGGUUCGUUGGAUGGGUGUACCACAUGGGGCUCGGCCUCAGUGCUUGAGCUCAUCUUGUAGCACGAUGGAGCAAACACAUACAGAGGAUUUUGUAUGGUGUGUCUGGUGCACGUGGACAGAAGGUGACCAAACAGACAGUAAAGGCCCCACAAGGGACUUUCUGUGUCUGGCCACUGAUUCCUCUGUAGCUGAUUGGCUAUGCCAUUCCUGCCCUCUCUGUUUCCCGAAAUCAUCACUAUAAAAGAUAAGUGAGUUCUUGGUUGGCUUUCCUGGUAAUUUAAAGGGGGAAAUAUGAAAUAUGAAACUGUAUAAGAUAAAUAAAGGGGAGCCAAUCAGUCUCCUCUUUCCGCCUUAGCACCCGCAAACUGCCACGCCCCGGUUCACGGGGUUCCAUGAUGACAGGUUCUCAGUGGCUGAGUCUGAGAGAGAAGAGGCCAUUAACCUCAGCUGCUCCGAGCUUCAACCCACUUUCCUCUGCCCAGUGCCCUUUCAUUGUCCUGCUGAAGACAUGGGAAGUGGGAGUCGUUCUAACACCAGUUUAUUUUUUUUCCGAGACUAGAAAUAGCCAGAGUUCUCAAAGACUCAGGAAAGAGAAGUAGACUAAUAGUGACCUGUGCCUUGGGUCCUCAGUUCAGUAUGUUCUUGAUUUAAUUGGCAAUAGUUUUUUUUUUUCCAUUUCCUUAUCUUGUAUUGUCCUUUAUGCAAGAGGACCAAAGUUCUUUUACAGGGUAGAGGAUUAGCUGUGCUCAGGAUGGGAUUGCUCAGGAUGAGUGUACAAGAGAGUGAAACAAGUGUGGAAGGCAAGAGUGAAAGAAAGGCAUAUGUAUGUGACUGAAAGUAAAAAAAAUGGACAUCUGUACAUAACAUAUCUGAGUAGAGAGGUUUGAUAAAGGUGGGGUGGGGGAGGAGUGAUCUGUACAUAUAAGUGUGAGCUACUGAAUGACAACGGACAGCUGCAGUAACUAUGCCAAAGUGCAGUCCCUCACAGGUGGCACUGCACUGCAUGCAAAUACUGUAAUAACCUGUGAUGGUUGAUGAGCUCAAACUAAAGGAGGCAGGAAUAUAUUCACCUUUAAAUGGGUAGUAUUAGUCAUCCUGCUUUCAUUAGUUUUCCUUGAUUAACAAUCAAGCAGUUAAUUAGCUGAGCUGCUUGUAGCAACAGCAUUCUUCAAGAAAUGGUGCAUCAUUUGGACAUAUCUACAGAUGAUUUGACGAAAGGUUGGAUGUGUAAAGGGGGAUAUGUUUUCUCCCCUCUAUUUCAAGCUCAUUGACAAUAACGGAUAAUAACACAUUAUGGUGACA